AUGUCUAACAACCGUGCGAUAAUCGAUGCCUUAGGGCUUUGGUGCCCAUCUGGCGGCGACCCCUAUGUAUACGAGGGAUCCUUUUUUGAGUUCGUUGGUUGUUGCACUACCAACCCAUGUGCGGAUUACUCAGGUGUUUGUUAUGGAAAAGAUACCAGGCCUGCGAAUUCGACCUCUACAUACGCAAAAUAUACGCAGCUUGGGGAUAAGCUAUUCUUCAUUUGCCGCAAUUCUAAUUACAGUGAUCCCACCCAAUGGCGCUGGUCAAACUUACAAGUUGGAGCGCCAGCCGGCGGCAACGGCUCGUGUCUAGGAAGCGAGCCCUACGAUUUCAGUGAUGGGCCGCGCACCACGUCCUAUACAAAUGCAGUAUCCUUGACCCCUUACAAGGACUUACGGGAAGAUUUAUUUAGCUUUGCUCGAUCUAAAAGCGAUAAUACCACGGGAGAAUCAGAGCACACUGCAGUUCCAGCACCACCAAGCAAUCACGCCUCUGAAAUUGACACUGGGGUAGCCUGGGGCACCCUUUCACUAGAGGAUAUUAUUGGGUUAUCAGUUGGCAUUUCUGUCUUUGCCCUGGUCUUGCUCGCAUUACUCGGCAGGUACUUCUGGGUUUCUGAGAUGAACAAAAGCUCGUUUUCGAAUCAUCGUAUACUGGACCAUGAGAGCCCGGCCAAGGCCAAGACUAAGGCGAAUCUUAAGCCACGACCAUGCGUCGAGGUUGGAUCGGAGACAACUGAGGAAAACUCGUUAAUCAAUUCACCCCAGCAAGAGUGCCCGCGUCUACAUGGAGGCCAACAGAGGCUAAACCAGAAAGGCUUCUCUUGGUAUACGGAAUUGCUGUGGGAUGUGCUUUUGACAAUCGCACCCACCUUCUUCAUUGUUAUCCCGGUUUUGGCCCUCUGUCUCGACAACAAACCCUUCUCAUCCCACGGCGAAACCAUCUUAAGCAUCAACCGACUGGUCCCCACAAUCUAUCCCAUUCUGUUCGCUGCCGUUGCUGCUCGUUUCUAUAAAAACUUCGGCCGUUGGAGCCUAGAGCAACCUGACGGAAUAAGACUCGCAGUUCUUGAACAGAUAAUGGGCAGCCAAAGCUUUGCUGGAGCUGUGGAGAGACUGCUGUUCGUUCGUGCCCAAGUGUCGGUUGGUUUCGUCAUCCUUGUAAUUUGGGCUAUGUCCCCUUUGGGGGGUCAGGCAGGCGCAAGGAUGGUCUAUCAUUCUCAUCGCGAGAUCCUUUCUUCUGGCAAUGUCUAUUACGCCCACCCAAGCUACCAGGUCUCAAGUUAUUCGAGCAUGGAAUUUCAGUUCGUGUCGGAACUGAGUGUCAAAUCUCUGUAUUCAUCCUCACUUCUCCAAUCUCCUGAUCAAAAGGCCGCACCUCGAGAUCUUUGGGAAAUGCCGAAAAUCCCACAGAGGGAUAAGAGCAAAGCAAAAGGCGAGAUGUACGAGAUCGAUCAAGGUGCGCUUGAUCGCGGAGACAACGAAUAUUACUCUCUGCUUGGAACUAAAAUUCAAGGGCUGGACUUCAUAAAACAGAGUGAUGCACAGUUGAAAUUCUCUGUCCAAACGUCAUUCAUGGAUUUUGAAUGUACCAACAGGUACGAAAUAUUUAAUGCAUCCGAAUAUAUAGGUCUGCCUCGAUAUGACCCUAUUCGAAGUACAAUUGGCCUGAUGAGGGGAUAUCUUAAUGGCACAAGCUUAUGGAUCAAGCUCUCACAAAGGUGGCUCUGGGAACCACACAACAGGGAUUGGGACUAUAUUGAGCAACAGGGUACCCCCCAUUUGGUCUACAUGAGCAGUAGACUCAACCCAAAGAACAACAUGAUCAUUUUCAACUGCUCCAUGGACACGGUUAUUCUUGAGACAGAGAUGGAGUGUGGCCUGAAUUCAAAGAACCCUAGCUGCUCUGCUGUGCGCCAGCGUCUCGUUGAUGCCCCAGAACCAAGGCUUACCCUAAUGAGACAGACUCUGAAAUCAGCAAGGGCGAUGUCUUCGUUCAUUGAGACCUUCGUUAAAGCUGACGGAGGGUUCUAUAACCGUAUAUCUUCAGCCACAGACGCUUAUAUCUAUGGAGAUACAGCACCCUACGCUAGGCAGGGGGUCAUAGACUGGGCGACCUACGAUGAGGGCGUGAUUUCCAAACGUAUGACCUCCGCCUUCAACACUUUCCAUAUGGCAACGCUGAACUCUCUGAACCAUACCGAUAUUUCCUUCGGGAAGGAUCCCGGGCCCCAAAUAUACUCGCCAGCUUCGCCAGCUGUCCCGACUUAUUACAAUUCAACUGAAGGAAAAGUGGUAACAAGAGUCGAAGUGUAUCGAACAGACAAGGUCUGGACGGCCAUUCAUUUUACAACGACCUUCAUCCUUUUAAUCCUGGCAGGUCUGGGGAUGGCGUUUCGUUUGCUAAUCUGUGGACCUGACGUUGUCGGCUUUGUUAGCUCCAUGACUCGCGACAACCCUUACAUCCCCCUACUAGAUUGCGGAAGUGCAAUGCCGGGACCGCAGAGAGCGAGAUGGCUGAGAGAUAUGCGAGUGCAACUGGCGGAUGUUCGUCCGGAUAAUGAUGUUGGAUAUGUUGCGUUCAGAAAUGUGCCAUCACACCUUGAAGGCAAGGUUGAAAUUGACGACAAUGAGCAGCAGAAAGGCUCUUGGAGACCAUUCGCGGGAGAGAGGGUCUACAGAUAG